CUCCAAAGCCCCCAACUAGAACAAAAACCCACUAAAUUUACAAACCAAAAUACAGAACAAGAAAAUGGGCUGGAACCUAGACUACAGUGCCAUAACCCCCGGCCCAGGGGGCACAGUCAUGCUUGGCGAAAAAGGCGGUGCUGAAGCCGUCGCGCGCCGGGCUAAAGAGCGUCGAGCCCGAGAAAGGGAACUUGCCUUGCAGGAAGGCAGAUUGACGGAUGAUACCAUGUCGGAGACGACGCUUGUUCCUCAGUCGACGCAAUCACGGUCAGUCGGCGGUGGUGUGAAACCGAGGUCUAGUAGCGAAAGCAAAGCGCUGGGUGGCGGAGAGAUAAUGGCGAAGGCCAUGUCUGAGGGUGAUGAUGCUCCGGAGGUUAACGGGGAGAAGAGAAGCGGGUUUCGGGCCAGGUGGAGGGAAUUUAAGGAGAGGAAUUUGCCGUGAAGGUUGCGCUUUUGUUGGAUUUGAUGCUCGGUUCAUUGUUCUUUGGUGAUAUCGUUCUUUGUUCUUUAUGUUCGUCUGGUGUUUUUUUUGAUUAUCUCGGUGUUUAUUGUUUGGUAUAUUGUUUGGAUGUGUUUAUGCUAUGGAACUAUCCAGGUGGA